CUUAGGAGAGGGGGAUGAUGGGGGUGCCUCCUACGCUUACUCCAAUCGCCUCUCGAAGGAGCACUUCUAGUUACCCAAACGAAACAUACACAAACAUGGCGACAAGACAGACAGUCAAGAUGCUGUCCCCUCUUAGGUUUACAAUAUAUUUGUUAUUUUUCUUCGCUCCGGGUACAUUUUCCUCCACCCUUCGUCUUCAUCGAGACCAGCGGUUAUUGCUACUGCAGGACAGGGGGUUUUCUACGGUGAACGCAAAUGAAGAAUGUAUCCAUGGAAUAGGCGCCGAUGCGAAACGACGAGCUGCACGUAAUGCAAGGGAAGACAGAGUUUCGGGCAUGUAUCAGCAUCGCAUUCGGCGGAGUGCAGUCCAACCACCCGUGCCAAAGGUGUAUGGACAGGCCAACCUGAACGAUUCCCACAACCAGAUGGUGGUGCACUGGGCCGGGGAGAAGAGCAAUGUCAUUGUGGCGCUGGCCAGAGACAGUGUCGGAGCCGCAGGUCCCAAGACUAGCUCGGUGUACGUGUCUUAUGACUAUGGAACCAGCUUCUCCCCCAUCUCAGAGAGGUUUCAGCUGAGUGGGGAGAUUGAGAAAGAGGGGAACAAGCAGGUCAUCUCCCAGUUCUACCACAGCCCCGCUGACAAUAAGAGGUACCUCUUUGCAGACAGCACCAACAGCUACCUCUGGAACUCCUUUGACUUCUGCAAGACCAUCCAGGGGUUCUCCAUCCCCUUCAAGCCCACAGACCUGCUGCUGCACAGCAAGAGGGCCAACCUGGUCCUGGGCUAUGACAGCUCCCACCCCAACAAACAGCUAUGGAAAUCUGACGAUUUUGGAGAGACAUGGGUGUUGAUCCAAGAGCACGUGAAGGCCUAUUUCUGGGGUGUGGAACCGUACGACUCCCCCACCACGGUGCUGGUCCAGAGGCACGAGCCCCAGGGGGUGUCCAGCAUCCUCAGCAGCACCGACUUCUUCCAGAGUGAGCAGAACCGCCGAGUCGUCCUAGAGAGAGUGGACAACUUCCAGCUCCGGGACAAGUACAUGUUCGCCACCACUUCCACAACUUUGUUGGGAAGCCAUGAACCACCCUCCGUCCAGCUGUGGGUGUCCUACAACCGCCAGCCAAUGAAAGCCGCCCAGUUCAUGACCCGCCACCCAAUCACAGAGUACUACAUCGCUGACGCCUCGGAGGACCAGGUGUUUGUUUGCGUCAACCACCUCAACAACGUCACCCACCUGUACAUCUCAGACACGCAGGGCCUGUCCUUCUCCCUGUCCCUGGAGAAUGUGCUAUACUACAGCCCAGAGGGUUCAGGCAGCAACACCCUCAUCAGGUACUUUACCAAUGAGCCCUUUGCUGACCUGCACCGUGUGGAGGGUCUGCGUGGCGUCUUCGUGGCCACGCUCAUCAACGGCUCACUCAGCAAGGACAACAUGCGCUCCGUGAUCACCUUCGACAAGGGGGGCACCUGGGAACUGCUGCAGGCCCCCUCCGCCGACAGCCUGGGAGGAACACUGGACUGCCAGCUCUCCAAGGGCUGCUCCCUCCACCUGGCCCAGCGCUGGAGCCAGCUUCUCAACAUUCAGCUGCGCAGGAUGCCCAUACUGUCCAAGGAGUCAGCACCAGGGCUCAUCAUGGCCACAGGCUCUGUGGGUAAGAACCUGGCCAACAAGCCCAAUGUGUAUGUGUCCAGCAGUGCUGGGGCCAGAUGGAGAGAGGCGCUGGCCGGUCCUCACUUCUACACGUGGGGUGACCACGGGGGCAUCCUCAUGGCCAUCGCCCAGGGGGGCUCCAGCACACACCUCAAGUUCAGUACCAAUGAGGGGGAGACGUGGACAGACUUCCGUUUCUCUGACAGGGAGGUGUAUGUCUACCAGCUGCUGACGGAGCCGGGGGAGAAGAGCACCAUCUUUACCAUCUUCGGCUCUUACGCCGACCAGAGACACAGCUGGCUCAUCCUGCAGGUCAACGCCAGCGACGUGCUCGGCGUGCCGUGUGCCGAGGGAGACUACAAGCGCUGGUCCCCGUCAGACGAGCACGGCAACGACUGCCUUCUGGGUAGAGAGAUGGUGUACAAGCGACGCACGCCCCACGCCACCUGCUUCAACGGGGAAGACUUCGACCGGCCCGUCACCGUGUCCAACUGCUCCUGCACACGCCAGGACUACGAGUGUGACUAUGGCUUCAAGCUGAGCGAGGACCUGUCCCUCCAGGUGUGCCUGCCCGACCCAGAGUUCUCCGGGAACCUCUACGCCCCUCCCGUGCCCUGCCCCGUUGGCACUACCUACCGUCGCAGUACAGGGUACAGGAAGGUGUCUGGGGACAGCUGUAGUGGAGGGGAUGUAGAAGCCAUACUGGAUGGAGAGAUGCUGCCCUGUCCUGUAGGAGAGAGUAAUGAGUUCAUCCUGUACGCUGUGAGGAACUCCAUCCAUCGCUAUGACCUGGCCACAGGGACCGACCAGGCCCUGCCCCUCUCUGGUCUCCGCGAGGCCGUGGCCCUGGACUUUGACUACGAAAGGAACUGCCUCUACUGGGCCGACAUCUCGCUGGACACCAUACAGAGGCUUUGUCUAAAUGGCAGUACGGGACAGGAAGUGAUCGUUAGGAAGGACCUGCAGAAUGUGGAGGCCCUCACCUUUGACCCCAUCAGCAGGCUUCUCUACUGGGUGGACGCCGGAGCGCAGCGGAUUGAGGUGUCUAACCCUGAUGGGGACCUACGUCACACUCUGCUCAACUCCUCAGUGCUGGAGCAUCCCAGAGCUCUGGUCCUCAUGCCAGGAGAGAGCCUGAUGUUCUGGACAGAUUGGGGCGACCGUGCAGCCGGCGUGUACCGUGGCUACAUGGACGGCUCCAACGUGUCUCGCAUCGUGUCCGAGGGCGUCCGCUGGCCCAACGGCAUCACGGCAGACGACCAAUGGCUGUACUGGACCGAGGCCUACGGCGACCGCAUCGAGCGGGCCGACUUCGCCGGCGGGCAGCGCAGCGUGGUCAUGCAGGGCCUGCCUCACCCCUAUGCCAUUGCUGUUUUCAAGAAUGACCUGUACUGGGAUGACUGGUCAAGGAGGGGCAUCUUCAAGGCUCCCAAAGCAGGCUCCCAGGACAAUGAACUCAUAGUGGGUAGACUGACCGGGGUCAUGGACCUCAAAAUCUUCUACAAAGGCAAGACCAGAGGCCAUAAUGCCUGUGCAGACCAACCCUGCAGCCUACUGUGUCUGCCCCAGCCCGGGCACCGCCACACCUGUGUAUGCCCCGACGGCACGCCCACCACCACCCGACCCGACGGACAGCUCCAGUGCCAGUGUCCCACCGGCUACCAGCUCCACAACAACACCUGCGUCAAGACAGAACACACGUGCCUGUCCAACCAGUACCGCUGCUCCAACGGCAAGUGUAUCAGCAGCAUCUGGAAGUGCGACAGCGACAACGACUGUGGCGACAUGAGCGACGAGCAGGAGUGCCCCACCACCUCCUGUGACCCGUCCAUCCAGUAUCGCUGUGUGGCGUCCGGCUCCUGCAUCCCGCUGGCCUUCAAGUGUGACCACGAGGACGACUGUGGGGACAACAGUGAUGAGGAACACUGUGAGAGUCACCAGUGUGGAUCAGGGGAGUUCUCGUGUGCGCGGGGCGUGUGUAUCCGCGAGGCCUGGCGAUGUGACGGAGACAAUGACUGCAGGGACUGGUCAGACGAAGCCAACUGUACAGUGGGUCACCACACCUGUGAGGCCAGUAGUUUCCAGUGUCUUACGGGCCACUGUAUCCCUAAGCGCUGGGUGUGUGACGGUGAUGACGACUGUCAGGACAGCUCUGACGAGGAGCAAGCACAUUGCGUGGGGGAUCGCUGUAAUGGCUUCCUGUGUUCCAACGGCACCUGUCUGCCUGCCAGCGCCCACUGCAACGGAGUACAGGACUGCCCAGGGGGCGCCGACGAGCAACACUGUGAUCCCCUGUGUACGCGCUACAUGGAUUUUGUGUGUCAGAACCGAGCCCAGUGCCUGUUCCAGUCUCUGGUGUGUGACGGCACCAAACACUGCGAGGACGGAUCCGAUGAGGACGUGGCCUACGCCGGCUGCUCCACUCACCCGGAGUUUGAGAAGACGUGUGACGCCUACAACUUCCAGUGUGCCAACGGGUUGUGUGUGAGCCUGGGGUGGAAGUGUGACGGCAUGAACGACUGCGGGGACUACUCUGACGAGGCCAACUGUGGCUCCCCCACUGAGGGGCCAGGCUGCACGCAGGACUUCCAAUACGAGUGUAGUAACGGGCGCUGUGUGCCCUCCUGGUGGAAGUGUGACGGAGAGAAUGACUGUGGAGACUGGUCUGACGAGGCUCAGUGCUCUGGAGGAGUCACGCCCCACACCCCUGCCCCUGGCCCGUCGUCCUGCGCCCCUAACCGCUUCCACUGUGGCUCGGGAGCCUGUAUAGUCAACUCCUGGGUGUGUGACGGCUACGCUGACUGUCCCGAUGGCAGUGAUGAACUGGGCUGUCCCACAGCAGCCAACGGCACGGUGACACAGGCUCCGUGGCUCACCCAAGCCCCUCCCCUGCCCCCUGGCCACUGCAGCAGGGGCCAGUUCCUCUGCCGGAAGCCCCCCACCUGCAUCUCUGACUGGCAGCGCUGCGACGGCCACCAACACUGCCUGGACGGUUCGGACGAAGCCCACUGUCCCACGCGAGGGCCUCUGACGUGUGCGAACGGCACGCGCUGCGCUGACGGGGAGGCCUGCGUGCUGGACGGUGAGAAAUGUGACGGCUUCAUGGACUGCUCCGACCACAGCGACGAGGACAACUGCACCACGGACUCUCUGGUCUACAAGAUCCAGAACCUGCGGUGGACGGCAGACUUCUCUGGCGCCAUCACCCUCACCUGGUCCAGACCUAAGAACCUGCCCCUGACCUCUUGCUACUUCCUCAUCUACUUCAGGCUGGUGGGCACACAGCAGUGGACCUCUAUGGACACACACAGCAACAAGAGCAGCUACACCCUGUCGGUGCUGAAGCCAGACACCACGUACCAGGUGAAGGUUCUGACCCAGUGUCUCAGCAAGCAGCACAAGACCAACGAUGUGUUGACCCUGAGAACGCCCGAGGGAUUGCCCGACCCCCCCAGAAACCUGCAGCUGUCGUGUGACCACGGAGAGGACGGCAUGGUGGAGGCCUCGUGGAGCGCUCCGGACAAAGCCCACGGCCUGAUCCGGGAGUACAUUGUGGAGUACAGUGAAAAAGGCGUGGAGUGGUUCUCUCAGCGAAGCACCGGCAACAGUGUGGAGGUCAAAAACCUACAGCCCAGCACUCUGUACAAGUUUAGAGUGGCAGCAGUGACGGGUCGAGGUAUGGGGAACUGGACUGAGGUUAAAUCCAUCAUGCCCAUGAAAGCUCUACCACCUCCCUCAGUUAUCACCGACAGCAUCACAGAAGACUCCAUGAGCCUGUCUUUCAGCUUUAACUCCCAAUAUGAGGUGAGGCAGUAUGUGGUGGUGCUGUCCUGGGUGUUUGAUGCUCACGUGAAGGAGAGCAGGAACUACACUGUGCGAGGCAGCGUACUGAAAGCUGCCAACCUGACCACGGGUACCAUCUACGAGGUGGCUGUGUGGGCCCAGACCAGUGUAGGAGACAGCCCCACAGCCCUGUCCCGCCAGCAGACCACAGGCACUCAGCCGGAGCCUCCCCUCCUCAAGGCCCGGGCCCUCAACCAGAGCUCUGUGGACUGCAGCUGGACUGUAACCGGAUCCCCUGCACAGGUGUAUGGCAUCUUCUUUGCCACCUCCUUCUUGGACCUGUACCGCAGCCCUCACAGUGUGAACACCAGCGCUAGUAGCCGGACCGUCACUGUGGACAGUGAUGAGCAGUACCUGUUCCUCGUGCGGGCCAUCUCUCCCUACCUGGGCCCUCCCUCGGAGUAUGCGGUGGUUAAGAUGAUUCCCAACGAGCGGCUUCCUCCUCGUAACCUGCACAAGGUGCGAGUUGAGAAAACCCAGGCUACGUUGAAGUGGCAGCCUCCCUACGACUCCCCCAGCGCCCCUCUGACGUACGCGGUGCACCUGAAGGACGUGGUGCGUAAGACCGAGAGCAGCUACAAGCUGACCACCCAGAACAACACGGUGGAGUACUGCCUCAAGGGCCUGGAGCCCGGCGGACACUACAGCGUCUCCGUCCGCCUGCGCAACAUGAGCAAGGAGGCCAGCUACACGCUCAACACAAUGCCCCUGCCUGCUCCAGAGGCUCUGAAGAUCCUGACGGAGAAAGACCAUGUGUUCCUCUUCUGGAAGAGUUUGGCCGUGAAGGAGAGGAGCUUCAAUGAGAGCAGGGGCUACGAGGUGCACGUGUACGACAGCCUGUCCAACUCCACCGUGCUCCUGGGUAACACCACAGAGACCUUCUUCCGGAUCAGCAGCCUGCUGGCGGGCCACAACUACACCUUCUCCGUCCAGGCCCGCUGCCUGCUCAAUGGACAGCUGUGUGGCGAGCCCGCCCUGCUGCUCUACGACCAGCUGGGACAAGGUCCCAGUGACGCGGUGCGGAGCUCGGCUCAGUCAGGGGACAUGGCGGUAGUGGUGGUGCCGGUGCUGUUCCUGCUGCUGCUGGGGCUGUGUGGGGUCCUGGUGGUCCUGUACCUGAGGCACCGCCGUCUGCAGAACAACUUCACCGCCUUCUCCAACAGCCACUACAACUCCCGCCUGGGCUCGGCCAUCUUCUCCUCGGGGGACGAGCUGGGUGACGAUGACGAAGACACCCCCAUGAUCAGCGGCUUCUCAGAUGACGUUCCCAUGGUGAUUGCGUAGCAGGACCACCCCUCCUCAUCCUCUAUCCCUCUACUAUACACUCUGCCCUGCCUGUCCCAACCCGUCACCUACGCGCUCGUGCCCACGUGGUACGACAAAAGGUCAGAGGUCAAGAAAGAAGGUGCGCCAACACUUUCGUCAACCAACCCCCUCAGAGAAAACAGUCUUAAUACGAUUCCGGAUCAAAGGAAGAAAAAGUGAAACGCAACGAGAGAUAUUUUUUAAAAGAAAAAAACGAUGCACUUUUUUGGGAUGCGCAAUAACUUAUUUUUUUAUACAUAAUAUAUAUAUCGGUCAAAGGACUUUAUUGGUCGGGAACUGAUGCUAACUGUGAAGGAUUAGGAGUCUGUCAGGCGAGUCGAGUCGUGUGUUAGUCGCUCUGGGAGAAUAGACCCAACUACAAACGUAACUCCAUAAAGAGCAGUUCAUUGCUUGAAGCCAAAAUAAGUACCUAGCAACUGGAAUAUCCAUUGCAGAAAAAACACACUUAAGGAAAGAAAAUAUACACAUAAUCAAUAUACUGUAUGUAAAAAAAAAUAUUGUUCAAAAGUUACCAAUAAAAGCUUCUUGAAGGGAGUGAGGAAAACAAGCUCUUGACACAGCAUAAAUUAACAGUCUUUAUGGUAUUUAUUCAGGAUUUAUGUCACUUUAAAGAGUAUACUAUUUGCCCAUGGUAUGUUGGUUAGUGUCCAUACUGAAAUCGAUCUGAAUAUGUUGCUGUCUGUUCGAAUGAGAUCACUUUAAUCUGUUGUCGAUAUUUGAUUUGAAACUGUCCGUUGGCCUGAACACAGCAUUCGGCGUCCGCGUAACCAACCAAUGAGUAGCGAUUAGAUGAAAUCGAUGGCACCAGGCAGUGUCAUAUAGAUCCAUGUUCCUCCUACCACCAGCACAGGAGUUGCUGUAGUCUACUCAGCAGUAACAAUAACACAGAGGAGUUGCUGUAGUCUACUCAGCAGUAACAAUAACACACAGGAGUUGCUGUAGUCUACUCAGCAGUAACAAUAACACACAGGAGUUGCUGUAGUCUACUCAGCAGUAACAAUAACACACAGGAGUUGCUGUAGUCUACUCAGCAGUAACAAUAACACAGAGGAGUUGCUGUAGUCUACUCAGCAGUAACAAUAACACACAGGAGUUGCUGUAGUCUACUCAGCAGUAACAAUAACACACAGGAGUUGCUGUAGUCUACUCAGCAGUAACAAUAACACACAGGAGUUGCUGUAGUCUACUCAGCAGUAACAAUAACACACAGGAGUUGCUGUAGUCUACUCAGCAGUAACAAUAACACACAGGAGUUGCUGUAGUCUACUCAGCAGUAACAAUAACACAGAGGAGUUGCUGUAGUCUACUCAGCAGUAACAAUAUCACAGAGGAGUUGCUGUAGUCUACUCAGCAGUAACAAUAACACAGAGGAGUUGUUCACAUUUAUUAACUCCAAAAAGUCAGCUCGAUCAUUCUGUUGUGUUUCUCUACUCCCAAUGCUGCAUCAAUAGGAAAACAGUUUGAUUUGAGUUGUUUUCAGGACCACCACGAUGUAAAUAUUCUUGUUAUUCAAAUAUUAUUAUGCCCAAUCUGCUGCCGUUAGUUUGUAGUGUUUGGAACCUUUGUCUCUGAUGUUCUCAGGGAACUGGGUCUUUGUCUGGUCUGACACUGACGUGGUACCAUCAUCUGAGUCUUUCGCCAGAACCCUCACUGAGGUACUAUCGUAACCUUAGAGACAGCAUUUGGAGCAUGACGUAAUGUUGUUGUAAACUGGUUUUCUGGUUGAAAAUAUAAAACCAGAUGACAAGGAACUGGUCUCUGUUACAGCAAGAUAUAUUUUUCAUGACGAGAGCAAGAUGUCAUGGGGAAAGACGUCAUAUUUUGGUUGUUAUCUGGUCAGAUAACCAGACUAUUGCAUUUUGUGGUUGCUGUUUGUUUUUUUGUUUUAAAAAAAGGACACGUCUAAUCUACAACCUGAUCAUAAUUUAAUAAUAGACAUCAUAACGAUGUCAUUGAAACCACUUUUGCUUGCUGGGAUAACAAUAUGAUGUUUAGGUCACAGUGAAGUGGACUGUGUGUCCGGCUCUCUCUCCCUGUUUAGCAAAACGCUUCACGUCAGUUUGAUGCGCCAAGAAAUGUUUUUGUUUUUACUCUUCCCCAUCUCAUCCUAUUGUGUAGUCAUGAACUGAAACGUGUAUUUUCCUCUAUGCUAAAGAGCCAUUUCAAUUGAUGUGAGGUAUGCUUUUAUUCAUUGACCUGUUUUGGGGUUUUGUUCAUGAAUGUAUUUUAUAUCUGUGAUUUUAUGGCUACGAGGCAAUGUGGUUCCCCCCCUCUCCCUCCCACCUCUCAUGUGAAAUGGAUACACUCGCAGUCCUCUCACUUUGUAUAGCCAAGAACUCUACUUUGAAUGGUUCACCCCUAUACUCUUGGAAUGAGAGACCUGAUAAUGAGUUUUGAUAGUGUCUGACUGUAGACUGGUUCAGGGCAGGCAUCGCACCCCCAGGUUCCAGGACCACGUCCCCAUCCCACUCUGGGGGUGACGUCACAGCAGCCUCCCCCAUCGCACUCUCCGGCCCCCGGCCACUGCAGGGCUGCUUUCAAUACAUUGUUUUGACAUUCUUUCCUUAAGGUACUUGUGAUUUUAUCUCCCCCUUUUCUGUUUUCCAGGCCUUAAAUAGUGCUGUAAAGUUACUGAUGGGACUGUUUAUUUUCUGUGGACUUUGAUUUGCCACAUACGCCUUAUUAGAACACAUUGAGUUUGUAUGUAUGUACUGUAUUUCUGACGACACGAGUGCACACACACACACACACACACACACACCCACACUCAGUACCCUUACACAAUUGCUAAAGAGAAUGAUCUGUACUGAAGAGAGAGCAGUAGAAGUUGUUUGUUGUUGUUCUAUACAGGUCACUACUCCUGUCUGCAUUGGCUGUUUUAAACAAGGCACAUAUCUACAGCCACCUGAUGGAGUUUAUCUCAUGUAGUCCCAAGUUUUGACAAUUGUACAAAAUAUAAUUCUUGAUUGUUGUGACCGUUCCAACCCCCAACCUUCCAAAAUGUACUUUUCUUCUUUCUUUCUGUAAAAUAGUAUGCUUAAUGUUUUUGCACAGAAUAUAAUGAUAUUGGACACCGCCAUAUUUGAAUAUGUUGAUCUUGCUUAUGGGGGUCUCAAGGACGUGAGAUGUUUGAGGUACAGUGUGAAGUGUUUUAAAAACCACUUCUACUGAAAUAAACUUACUGGAAAUGUG